AUGGCGGACGCAGUGGGAGGAGCGCCAGCGGUAAAUGGCAACAUGAACGGCCAAACAAGUUCCUACGCCUCAAAGUUCAACUUGGCUUCACACUUCAUUGGCGGCAAUGAGCUUAGCCAGGCUCCCCCUUCAUCAGUCAAGGAUUUUGUCGCUGCAAACGAUGGACACACGGUCAUCACCAAUGUAAGUGACAGACUCCUCCAGAGACCCCCAAAGACCUCCAGAAGCCUCCAGAGGCCUCAACUCUAG